AUGAAGUCCCUUAUUAAGUUCACAACAACUCUACUCUUGCUACUAACAAUAACAAACUCCCUAUUCAUAUCCCUCACAGCCGCAGAACCUUCCGGAAGUCCAACGAAUGAAGACGAAGAUUUUCCUUCGGUGGGGCCCAAAAUAUCCCUGCGUGGGGCCACCCAUCUUCUCCCGCGCGUCCCAUUCGCAAGGUGCGACAAAAAUCCCGGGAUUUGCAAACGUGUGCGCGGAAAACGAGAUUGUUGCAAAAAGAGAUGCGUAGACCUUACAAAAGACAGAUUGAACUGCGGGAGAUGUGGUCACAAAUGCAAUUUCUCAAAGAUUUGUUGCCGUGGAAAAUGCGUGAACCCGUUGAGGAAUAUAAGGCAUUGUGGGGGGUGCGGUAACGCGUGCAGGGGAGGGAAUAAGUGCGUUUACGGAAUGUGUAGCUAUGCGUGA